AUGAAACAUUGUGCUUACACUCUACACACCAUGAGACACACCACUUUCAAUAUUAUGCUACCAUUUGUUUUUCUUCUCUUGAUUUGCAAAUUUGAGUAUUGUUACUCAAAUAAUGUUGCCUGCUUUGAAAGAGAACGAGAUGCUCUUCUCCGGUUCAAGGAAAGCCUAAUCGAUAAAUCAAAUCGUCUUUCCUCAUGGACUGGUCUUGACUGCUGUAAAUGGGAGGGAAUUUCUUGCAGUUUGACAACUGGCCAUGUCCUGAAGCUUGAUUUACACAAUACGAUUGCAGAUGAUCAUUUUCAGAAUGGGUAUUAUAGUGGUUUGCCAGCGAACUAUAGCAAUAGUUGCUUGGGAGGUGAGAUCAAUCUUUCACUUGUCAAUUUAGCACAUUUGAAUUACCUUGAUUUGAGCUUGAACAACUUUUCUGGAAUUCAAGUUCCAAAAUUCUUAGGAUCCUUCAAAAACUUGAGGUAUCUUAACCUUGGAAGCUCUAAUUUUGUGGGAAACAUUCCCACCAACCUCGGAAAUCUUUCAAGUUUAGAGCAUCUCAAUCUAGGGACAUCACUUGGGUAUCCUAUUUCUAAUUAUUUGACUUCAGAUAACUUGAACUGGUUGGCUAACCUUUCUUCUCUAAAAAGUCUUGACAUGCCCGGGAUUUCCAUUUGUUGUGAUGAAAAUUGGUUGAGCACAAUCAACAACCUCAUGUCUUUAUCUUCUUUAAACUUAAAAAAUUGUGGCCUUAACACAACCAAUCCUCCUUCCCAUGUUAACUCCACUUCCCUCACUUCCCUUGAUCUCAGUGGAAAUAGUUUGGAUUCCACAAUAUUUCCAUGGUUGUCGAAUCUCACAAGACUUGAGCAUCUCAAUUUAUUUGGCAACCAAUUUAUAGGCAGACAAAUUCUUUUGUGCAAGUUGCACAAUUUGGUGUCAUUAGAUCUCGGUGCGAACCAUUUUAAUGGUUUAAUUCCCGAUUGUCUUGGAAACUUGACUUCUUUAACUUCUCUCAGUUUAAGAGGGAAUAGCUUUACAGGUUCAAUUCCGAAUAACUUAAGUCAUCUUUGUAGCUUGCAAUUCCUUGAUGUCUCUGAAAAUAAGUUGACAGGUUCCAUUCGAGUUCCAUCUAACUGCCCCUUCUAUAGAUUGAAAGAUUUGAUCUUACAUGAUAACAAUUUCAAAGGUGAACUUCCUGAUUGGUUGUACAAGAAUAAAAAUCUGGAAACUCUUUCUCUCUAUUCAAAUUCCUUCUCUGGUCCAAUAGUAGAUUCAAUUGGGAACUUGUCAAUGUUAAAUGGGUUGUUUAUUGGUGGAAAUAAGUUUACUGGUAGCGUGCCUUCAAGUAUUGGAAAACUUUCAAACCUUAAUCCCAUUUUUCAAAACUUAGUAAGCUCAGCCAAUUGA